AGAGAACAGUGUGUGCGUGUGUGUGUCACGACGACGACGAAAGCCCGCGACGUCGCUGCUUUAACCCUCGACUCCUUUUUGCAGCAGCGCACAACACACGUAUACGGAGAGAGAGAGACGAGUGCGCGCCCCAUGCAUAUACACAUGUGUCCGAGUGUAUGCGCGCUCUCGCUCCGAUUGCCGUUUUUACCAUGAGUACAUGUUAUUGCAUCGAGAGUGUCAAACCAUGAAGUGCGCGAUUAUCUCUACCGCGAGUGUCAAGUGUCUGUGAUAAAUUUCAACAUGUCUUAUAUACCGUGAUGUGCAUUAACAUUUGAGAGAGAACGUUAAGCUCGACGACAAUAAGCAAAGCACGUCGUCUCUUAACCAAUGAUAGCGUCGCGCCAAAUGACGUGACAAAAGUUCAAGAGCGUUUUUUUCGCCCGCUUAAAGAGAGCAAAAAACGCCACUUAGUAAUUUAGUUGUUAUAUGUAUAUUUUGUUGUGAAAAAAGAGUAUCUAAAUCACAGCCAGCACAAAUGUGUGAUCCACGAGAAGACGAUCUGCACGCGCCGCAUCAUUUGCAUCACAUACACCUGCAGCAGCAUCACUUCGGCAGCUUGCAGCAGCAGCAACAGCAACAGCAGCAGAGCAGCGCUGGAGUACUGCUGGACCUGGUGCCACCCGGCGAGGCUCUGCUCAAGCGACCGAGCAUGGACUACAACGAGUACACCUAUUGCUACGGCGCUGGACGAGGGUGUCUGCUGGACGGUGGUGGUGCACCAAGGGGACCGCCCGAUGUGCCACCGCGUAACCCGACAAUGAGCCGACUGAACGGCCGACUGCCAGGUAGCAACAACACAUUGACGUCCGGAGUCACGCAGCAGCAGCACCGACAUCACACGUCCUCGGCGGCCAAUAACGUCUCGAACUUGGAUCGCGAUCCCGAGCUCGAGCCGUCCUGCCUCGUGAGGACAGAGUCCGGCAACUUCUACAACAUAUCCAAGAAACCGAAGAAUGAUUACAACAACAAGAAUCAAUCGACGGGAAACAGUCCAAUAAAAGUCGAGUUACAAAACAACAUGGACAGGGUACCACUGCCAUACGGUCACGCGUCGUCGAUGAUCCCGAUGAGGCGGCAAUCGAUAAGAUGUCACUUUCGCAAGGGCAUCGACUGGUGCAGCUGGAAGCUCAUCGCCAUCAUCGUCAUCGCGAUCGCCACGUGCCUGGCGGCCGCCCUGGCCUACAUGGCCGCGUCCUCAAGCAUGGUUGGCUGGUACCAGGACACCAAGGCCUGCACAGUGCUGGUAGGCGAGGACAGCGGCGGCGGCGGCGGUGGCGACCUGGCCAAGGCCAGUCUCGACGCGCUAGAGAAGAAUUCGACGCAGUCGACGCCGACGUCGGGCGCCGGUACAGCGAUUAGUACCAAAGCCGACGCCAAGCGGCCACAGACCAGCAGCGCUACUGGAGGCGGCAGAACAGUCCCUGCGCGAUCGUUUCCACCGGACGGAACGACCUUCGCCCAGGUCAGCCUCGGCCAGCCCCUGUCCAAGGAGAUACCGGCCUACAGCUACUGGAACAUGCAAUUCUACCAGUCGGAGCCCGCGUACGUGCGCUUCGACUACAGCAUACCCCGAGGGGCGAGCAUCGGCGUCUACGCUCGACGCAACGCUCUGCCGACCCACACCCAGUACGACUUGCUCGAGGUCAUGAGCGGCUUCAAAGCCAGAACAACCAGGGCUUCGCACCAACCGUCGAUCAAGAAGGAGGUGACGCACUACAUGGAGCCCGGCCACUGGUUCCUGUCGCUCUACAACGACGACGGCGACCCGCAAGAGGUGAGCUUCGUCGCCGUGAUCGCCGAGGACAUGACGCACAACUGCCCGAACGGCUGCAGCGGCAAAGGCGAGUGCCUGCUCGGCCACUGCCAGUGCAAUCCGGGCUUUGGCGGCGAGGACUGCAGCGAGAGCGUCUGCCCGGUGCUCUGCAGCCAGAACGGCGAGUACAUCAACGGCGAGUGCCAGUGCAACCCCGGCUGGAAGGGCAAGGAGUGCUCGCUGCGCCACGACGAGUGCGAGGUGCCCGACUGCAACGGCCACGGCCACUGCACCAACGGCAAGUGCAGCUGCGUCCGCGGCUACAAGGGCAAGUUCUGCGAGGAGAUCGACUGCCCGCACCCGUCCUGCUCGAGCCACGGCUUCUGCGCCGAGGGCACCUGCAUCUGCAAGAAGGGCUGGAAGGGCGCCGACUGCAGCCAGAUGGACAAGGAGGCCCUGCAGUGCCUGCCCGACUGUAGCAAGCACGGCACCUUCGACCUCGAGACCCAGUCCUGCCUCUGCGAGCCCAUGUGGUCCGGCGACGACUGCUCCAAGGAGCUCUGCGACCUCGACUGCGGCGCGCACGGCCACUGCGUCGACAACGCCUGCGACUGCAUGCCCGGCUGGUCCGGCGAGCUGUGCAACCUCAAGCAGUGCGACCCGCGCUGCAACGAGCACGGCCAGUGCAAGAACGGCACCUGCCUCUGCGUCACCGGCUGGAACGGCCGACACUGCACCAUGGAGGGCUGCCCCAACUCUUGCUCCGGUCACGGACAGUGCAAGGUCAAUACCGACGGCCAGUGGGAGUGCAAGUGCUACGACGGCUGGAACGGCAAGGACUGCAGCGUUCACCUCGAGCAAAACUGCAACGACGGACGCGACAACGACAAAGAUGGUCUCGUCGAUUGCGCCGAUCCCGAGUGCUGUUCGAGCAGCGUGUGCCGCAGCAGCCAGUUAUGCGUCUCGGCUCCCAAGCCCAUUGACAUUCUGUUGAGAAAGCAACCACCCGCGAUCACGGCUUCGUUCUUCGAGAGAAUGAAGUUCCUGAUAGACGACGGAAGUCUGCAGAAUUAUGCGCGUCAAGAAACUUUCAACGAAAGUGUGUUCUGGAAUCACUUCAACACAAGUCGCUCGGCCGUAGUCAGAGGCCGCGUAGUUACCUCCCUUGGUAUGGGUUUGAUGGGCGUGAGAGUCAGUACGAGCACACCUCAGGAAGGUUUCACCCUGACUCGCGACGACGGCUGGUUCGAUCUACUUGUUAACGGCGGCGGUGCGGUCACUCUUCAAUUUGGACGCUCCCCCUUUAAGCCACAGAGUCACAUUGUUUACGUUCCUUGGAACGAGGUGGUCAUAAUCAAUAAAAUCGUCAUGAGCACGGCCGACGAGAAAACGCCGACUCACGUGAUCCACUCGUGCGCAGCCCACGACUACGACGUGAUGAAACCAGUGGUUCUGGCUACCUGGAAACAUGGCUUCCAGGGCGCUUGUCCCGACAAAAGUGCCAUUCUAGCGGAAUCUCAAGUUGUACAGGAGUCCAUUCAGAUUCCAGGCACUGGUUUAAACCUCGUUUACCAUAGCUCGCGAGCAGCUGGAUACCUGUCGACCAUACAACUUCAACUCACCCCGGAAACCAUACCACCGACUUUGAACCUCAUCCAUCUGCGUAUUACCAUCGAGGGCAUAUUGUUUGAAAAAACCUUCGAAGCCGAUCCAGUUAUCAAAUUCACGUACGCCUGGAACAGGCUCAAUGUCUAUCGUCAACGAGUCUACGGCGUAACCACUGCCAUGGUGAAGGUCGGCUACGAGUACAGCGACUGCAAGGACGUCAUUUGGGACGUGCAAACCACCAAACUGAGCGGUCACGACAUGUCCAUCUCCGAAGUCGGUGGUUGGAACUUGGAUAUUCAUCACAGAUACAAUUUCCACGAAGGCAUUUUGCAAAAAGGUGACGGUUCGAACAUCUAUUUGAAGCAUAAACCACGUGUAAUUCUAACAACCAUGGGUGAUGGUCAUCAACGACCUUUGGAGUGCUACGAUUGCGAUGGACAGGCUUCGAAGCAGCGUCUACUCGCACCAGUCGCUCUUGCCACGGCCUCUGAUGGCUCCAUUUUCGUCGGUGAUUUUAAUCUUGUUAGGAAGAUUCUCGUCGAUGGCACUGUCAGAACUGUCGUUAGGCUGAACGCAACAAGGGUGUCUUAUCGCUAUCACAUAGCACUGAGCCCACUCGACGGUUCUCUCUACAUCAGUGAUCCCGAGUCGCAUCAGAUUAUUCGUGUUCGAAAUACCACAGACUACUCGGAUCCCGAGCACAAUUGGGAAACAGUCGUCGGUUCUGGCGAACGCUGCCUUCCAGGUGAUGAGGCUCAUUGCGGUGACGGUGCCCUCGCUCGUGAUGCGAAAUUGGCUUAUCCCAAAGGUGUGGCUAUCUCAGCUGACAACGUUCUCUACUUCGCCGAUGGUACCAAUAUCCGAAUGGUUGACAGAGACGGUAUUAUAACCACUAUUAUUGGUAAUCACAUGCAUAAGAGCCACUGGAAACCGAUACCAUGCGAAGGCACGCUCAAUGUGGAAGAAGUUCAUCUGCGAUGGCCAACCGAACUAGCUAUCAAUCCUCUGGACAAUUCAUUGCACAUCAUCGAUGACCAUAUGGUUCUUCAACUUGCACCUGAUGGUCGCGUCAAGGUAGUAGCAGGCCGUCCACUGCAUUGCGCAUCACCGUCCACAACUUUCGACUCAGAACUCGCUACCCACGCGACCCUCGUGAUGCCACAAAGUUUAGCAUUUGGACCGUCGGGCGACCUUUACAUUGCCGAGAGCGAUUCGCAGCGCAUCAAUCGCGUCCGAGUGAUUGGUACAGAUGGAAAAAUAUCCGCCUACGCGGGGGCUGAAUCCAAAUGCAACUGCCUCGAGCGUGGCUGUGACUGCUUCGAAGCCGACCAUUACUUGGCCUCGACUUCGAAAUUCAAUACCAUCUCUGCUGUAUCUGUCAGUCCGGACGGUGUCGUACACAUUGGCGAUCAGGCCAACUAUCGCAUUCGUUCUGUCAUGGCUAGUAUUCCAGACGCCAGCGGUGCUCGAGAAUACGAGAUCUAUUCGCCCGACACUCAAGAGAUUUAUGUGUUCAAUCGUUUUGGUCAGCACAUUGCAACGAAAAACAUUCUCACUGGUGAAACAAUCUAUUCGUUCGCCUACAACGUCAACACAAGUAACGGAAAAUUGAGCACGGUCACCGAUGCCGCUGGCAACAAGGUCUUCCUCUUGCGUGAUUAUAGUGCCCAGGUCAAUUCCAUCGAAAACACCAAAGGCCAAAAAUGCCGCUUGCGAAUGACGCGUAUGAAACUUUUGCACGAGCUCAGUACGCCAGACAAUUACAACGUGACCUUCGAGUAUCACGAGCCUACGGGUCUGCUGAAAACCAAGUUAGACUCGACUGGAAGGAGCUACGUCUACAAUUACGACGAGUUCGGCAGGUUGACUAGCGCAGUAACACCAACCGGCAAAGUCAUCGGACUGACUUUCGAUUUAAGUUUAAAGGGUGCUCAAGUCAAGGUAGUCCAAAAUAAUCGCAAACCAGUCUCGAUGUUGAUCAAAGGAUCGUCCGUGGUCACGAAAAUCAGUGAGGCUGAGCAACGCACCACGGUUUUGCCCGACGGUAGCGUUGGCAGAUUGACGCCUUGGUCGCAUGCUGUUAGCACCGACACGAUGCCCUACUCCAUCUUGGCUGAAAUCGAGCCACUGCUCGGCGAAAGUUAUCCAGUACCUGCCAAGCAGCGCACCGAGAUAGCUGGUGAUCUUGCCAAUAGGUUCGAAUGGCGCUACUUCCUGCGCAAAGUACCUGCCAAAAAUCGUGCUGCCAAUAACAAAGCCAUCGCUCAAGUCGGCAGAAAGUUAAGAGUGAACGGCGAUGUGCUUCUGUCCCUUGAGUACGAUCGAGACAGUAACACCGUGGCCGUUUUCAAAGACGACAGAGUCGAACUACUGAAUGUGACCUACGAUAAAACAGCAAGGCCUAUCAAAUGGGGACCACGUGACGGUAUAUUCGCGGGUGUCGAGCUCGAGUACGACAGGUUUAGCCGUUUGGUCAACUGGCAGUGGGGUGACAUGAGCGAGACGUACGGUUUUGAUCAAGCCGGUCGUCUCUUUGAGAUCAAGUACAGUGAUGGCACCUCGAUGGUCUAUGCGUUCAAGGAUAUGUUCAGCAGUUUACCUCUGAAAGUAACUACCCCACGUGGAAGUGACUACUUCUUGCAGUACGACGAAGCUGGUGCGCUACAAUCGUUGACCACGCCUAGAGGACACAUCCACGCCUUCUCGCUCCAAACAUCUUUGGGCUUCUACAAGUACCAGUACUACUCGCCGAUGAAUCGCCAUCCAUAUGAGAUUCUCUACAACGAUGAUGGACAAAUAUUAGCCAAAGUCUAUCCUCACCAGAGUGGCAAAGUAGCCUAUGUCUACGACCAUAAUGGCAAACUGGAAACAGUUUUGGCUGGUCAAUCGUCCACUCGUUACACUUAUCAAGAAACUACUGCACUGGUACGAAGUAUCGACAUCAACGAGCCCAACUUCGAGAUGAGAGUGGAAUACAAAUAUCACGCUGGAAUAGUCAAGGACGAGAAGAUCAAAUACGACAGCAAGAUCGGCUUCAACAACGCUCACUUCCGCUACCAGUACGACGGUAACGCACGAAUUUCCGGAAUCGAUGUUGACAUCAAUGGCAAACAACUGCAAACCUUGAGAAUGAAAUACGAUCAAAAUCUCGGAGUGCUCGAAGGUGUCAAUGAUCUGCGCAUUUACAGAAAUUCUUUCAAUCGUUCGGUCAUGCAGGACUCGAGCAAACAGUACUUCACCGUCAGCGAUUACGAUGAACACGGCAGAGUGAAGACCAUCCUAAUGAACAUCAGAACGAUGGACGUCUUCAGAAUGGAACUUGAGUACGAUAAUAGAAACAGAAUCAAGAUGCGCAGAAUCAUGAUCGGCAAAGAGUCGGUCGAUAAAAAGGAAUGGACUCGCGUCGACAAGAUCACGUACAACGCCGACGGUCACGUGCUCGAAGUGGCCGAGCGAGACAUCUCUUGGCAGUAUGCCUACGACGAGAACGGUAACGUGAUCGGAGUGACCGAGAGAUCCGAGAAAAUCAGUCUUGGUUACGACAGCGGCGAUCGAGUCGUGCAGUACGGUGACGUGGAAUUCAACUCGUACGAUCAACGUGGAUUCGUCGUGAUACGCGGAGAGCAUCGCUAUCGAUACAACUCGCGCGGCCAACUCAUUCACGCCGCUCAGCACAAGCACUUCCAGAUCUGGUAUUACUACGACGACAGGGGUCGCUUGGUCGCCUGGAACGACGAUCGCGACAACGUCACCCAAUUCUUCUACGCCAACCCCAAAACGCCGGAUCUAGUGACACAUCUGCAUUUCCCCAAGACCCAACGUACCUUCAGAUUCCUCUACGAUUCUCGCGACCACCUCAUGGCCGUCGAGACUUCGGAGCAAAGAUUCUACGUCGUGUGCGACCAGAAUGGAUCGCCUUUGGCAUUGUUCGAUACUAAUGGCAAUUUGUAUAAGGAAAUGAAACGAUCUCCAUUCGGUAAAAUUAUCAAAGACACCAAUCCAGACUUCUACCUGCCGAUCGAUUUCCAUGGCGGUCUCUUCGAUCCAAAUACCAAACUGGUUUAUCUAAAGAAGAGAUUGUACGAUCCAAUCGUUGGGCAGUGGAUGACUCCAGCUUGGGAACAGAUGGCUAACGAGUUGACGACUCCCACGGACAUUUUCAUCUAUCGCUUCCGUAACAACGACCCCAUUAAUUCGAAACAAAACGUUGAAUACAUGACCGACUUGACCAGCUGGCUGAAACUUUACGGCUAUGACAUCUCAUCGAUGUUGGGAUCUGAGUACACCAAGCAAAUGGUUUAUCAACCAACUGCAACCAUAACGUCACCACAGUUGACACCAGAUUUCGGAGUCAUGUCUGGCUUGCAGUGUAUUGUAGAUAGGGUACACGAGAAAUUUUCGGACUUGGGAUUUGUAGCGAAACCACUUCUUAAACUAGAACCUAAGACUAGAAAUCUACUGCCAAGAGUUGCUCACAGACGCGCAGUCUUUGGCGAGGGCAUUUUAGUAUCGAGAAUUGGCGGCCGAGCAUUGGUGAGUGUAGUCGAUGGAGUCAACAGCGUGGUACAAGACGUUAUGACUUCAGUUAUCAACAACUCGUUCUUCCUGCCAUUGCACUUCAGCGUGCACGAUCAGGACGUCUUCUACUUUGUCAAGGACAACGUGCUGAAGAUUCGCGACGAUAUGGAAGAGCUGAGACGUCUCGGUGGCAUGUUCAAUGUGUCGACUCACGAAACGACCGAGCACAGCGGUGGCACGACGAAAGAGCUCCGCUUACACAGCGCUGACGCAGCCGUUGUCAUACGCUACGGAGCCGAUCCGGAGCAAGAACGCCAUCGCAUCUUGAAGCACGCGCACAAACGCGCGGUCGAGCGCGCCUGGGAAAUGGAAAAGCAACUCGUUGCCACUGGCUUCCAAGGCCGCGGCGAUUGGACCAAAGAGGAGCGCGACGAGCUGAUAAGCCGGGGCGUAGUCGAAGGUUACGAGGGCGUGGACAUACACAGCGUGCAUCGUUAUCCUCAGUUGGCCGACGACCCGGGCAACGUCAUGUUCCAGCGUGAUACUAAGCGUAAGCGAAGGAAGAGCGGUAGGUCCUACAGGCAUGACGCUUCCUCGUGACCCUUGGAUGCCGACGAGGAGGAUUACGUUUUUUAAGUGUCAACGUUGCUUAUUUAGUGAGCGUGCCAUUGUUGUAUAUUAGUUAAUUAAUCAACUAACUAUUUUAGUUUCGUUUUUACAUAUUUUUUUUAUAAAUUUUAAAUUGAUAUCUUUUUCAAAGAAUCAAUAACUAGUCGCUCGUGAUGAUGUAGGUAUGGUGUAGAUGUAUGAAUUCCGUUUAGCUUUCUUUUGAACAAUUCGUUUGAUAAUGCGCAUCGAAAAUGGCCUAAUCUCGCUUGUCAUAAUUUUUUGCUCAUAAUCUCAACAAAAUGAAAAACAGGGUCUAAAGUGGGAUCGAUGACUCAUGCAAAAUAUUAUAUUCGUCCAAUUCGCGCGUUGUGAAAUAUAAUAAUGAGAAAAGCGCCGCGGACUUGUGCAAGAUAGAAUAUUCUCCUUGAGGGAAAUAUACCGGUAUUUUUUGACAUGACUAAAACUUUUUAUUUUAAACAAAAAAAGUGAAUGUUAUAAAAUACAAAAAUGUGAAAGUGAAGUUUCGUGUGUGAGACUGCGAACUAUUAAUAUACAUAUUGUACUUUGUAAAUAUAGCUAAUCAUUAUAUUUUACGUGUGUAGAUAUUGAAAAA